AAGAAUGAUAUAAAUAGUAUAUGACAAACAGCACACAAAUCUAUAAAUAAUUCCAUUUAACAUCGUGAUUAUUAGUCAUACAAUAAACUGCGAAUAUCUUAUCCGGAAGUUUCAAUUGCAGAAAAGAAACCGUUGCCGAAUCUCUGUUGGAAUUAGCUGGUGAAAAAUCUGCCAAUGUGUUGAUGUUGGUGAAACAGCUUAAAGAAAGAAAAUGUUGACCACUGAAAUACUACGAUUGUAUAAAGGAUUGACUGAAGAAAAACCUGACAGUGUGUUGAUGUUUGUGAAACAGUCACAAUUAACUGAGGAAUGUGGAACGUGCUUUUCGAGGACAGGUUUCAUUUACAUUUCAAAAUAAUGGCGUCCUAUUUUUCAAAUUUGCUUAGCGAGGCAAUGGACUGUAUAGGCUACUCUGAAAAAAUUAUUAAAGUAAGAGCGCAUACUUGUAAGGAGAUUUUUGAAGUUGCCAGUCAAUCCUACCUGAUGGAAGCAAUUCUAGCCGGAAGUAAAUCAGAAGGAGUGGUACCAAUUCACGAUAGUGACAUUGACAUUAUGUAUGUUUCACCAUUCUGCAUUUGUGUUGAUCACGGUCGAUUAGAGGAUAACAUUAUCAUAAUUGAAACAGAUAUGAAUGAUUGUCCCUCGGGAUAUACCAAAUUACGUUCAUUGGGUCUUUGUUAUUGCUUUGGCAUACAUUUAAUGAUAAAUUCAGACAAUAUGGAUUUCACUACGGCGAUGCCCGAUAUUAUGAUGUAUAGAAACUCCCGAUAUUUUCCCGAUAAUAACCCGUAUAUAAACUCAUAUAAACAAGUAAAUAAAACAACAUCUGGACCUGCUGAUCUGGCAAAUGGAUGGCAAUCUAAAAUUUUAGGCCUAAUAUGUGACGGUGUUUCAAUCGACUGUGUUUCUGCAAUACGCUAUUAUUCUACUAAACUCUUGCAAAAAUGGGCAAAGCGUAAUAGGCAGUUUGAUUGGCCGCCGCACGAUGUCAUAGAAGACGUUUCAACAACAGAAGGCUACAUUGUACCUUUUGGAAAUAAGUUAAGCACAGGUCAAAAUCUUGAAUGGAGAAUAUGCUUUACUACUGGGGAAUGUAAAUUGGUCGCCAGUUUUAAUGCAACACAACUUAAGUUGUAUGUUUUGUUAAAAAUGGUUGUUAAAGAUAUCCUGACACCAGCAGUUGACUGUGUCAGCUCCUACAUGGUGAAAAAUGUUGUAUUUUUGGUAAUGGAACAUACUCCAACAUUUGUCUUUACCCCGUCAAAUCUGGCGAAAUGUGUCUUACACGCUUUGUGUUUUUUAUUGCACUGUCUUCAUAAUAACAAUCUACCAAAUUACAUGAUACCAAACCGAAACCUUUUGAUUGGAAGGGUACAGGGAAACCAAAUAACAGAACUAAGACACCUUGCAAGAGAACUUUUAAACGAGGGUGAGACAAUAGUUCUUAAAUGUGAGAAGCUCAGAAAUGCUAUAUAUGUAGCUGGAUGCAAUCGUAGCUUGGCAACAAGAAUUCAGUCAUGGCGAGACGAAACCGAACAGUUGUAUAUGCUUUUGAUCUUAAACUCGGUAAAAAAAUACAAGAGCUAUUAUAAAUUGCAGGGGUUCUCCGGUGUUGAUGGGAUGAUUGAACUUAUGAGAAACCACUUAUACUGGCAUGUUGCCCGUAGACUUGCGUUUGUCUAUGUAAGAAAUGGUGCCAACGCCUAUGAAAACGUGAGAGCCUUGUUGCACAAAUUGUUAUCAUAAUGAUUUGAAAUAUUCUGAACAAUCUAAAUAUUUCAUUUUAAAAUUGCGUGUCAAAGUGGCUUUUUAGAGAACUUUAUCUUACUGUGAACUUCAAUUACAGCGAACACGGCUAUAGCGAUAUUCUGUUUAUUAGGAACAAAUUGUUUGGGCCCGAAGUUUGCCUUUCUUUAUUCGUUGUAAAAAAAGUGAUAAAUAUCUUUAUAACCACCACAGUAUGUACGAUACUGUAAGGAAUUCAAAUUUUAGUCAAACGACUCUGAAGGUAGCAUUAUUUCAGACUAAAAAUGACCUACCAGCAAAUAUUUUCCGUUGUUUUCUACGUUCGUUUCAAUCGGCACGGAUUAAGGGCCGGUAGAAUAUAUUAGCCGCUAUUUCAUUCCAGAACGGUGGUGGUGGUGUUAGUUGUUUGAACAGUCUCAAUCAAACCGUGCCUGCAACAUUUUCAAAUUUGCCGUGUUGGACUUUCUUUAGGGAAUCUGUAUUUUUCUAUUUUACUUAGGAUCACGACAGUAAAAAAAUCUGGAAACGCAGUGAUCCCUCGGAAGCAUUAAUCACAAUCACAACAAAAUUACAUAAGAACUCGGUUUGAUUCAGUCUGUACAUAAGGGGUAAUGAAUAAGUGCAACAUCCCUCACGCUCCCUAGCACCGGCUUGAGCGGUACUCAAUUUUCAAGAGCGGUACUCAUUUCUCAACACUUAAUAGUGCUGGCUUCAAUGAUCCCGAAGGAUCUGAAUAAUAUAAUAACACUGAAGUGAUGUACGGGGCAACCUUUUACAGCUGCCACACAGCAUUUGACACCUGCUGUAAGCCACAUUGAAUUCACCAGAGCACAGUUCAACCACCGCAUCGUUCCUGGGCAGGCUGUCAAGCAGUUUACCAGUACUAGUUGCCUUCACUUUCGCAAGGAACUAAACCUUCUGUACAUUCAAGAGCAGAGGUACAGUACGAAUGACCGUAGAAAGGAUUUUAUGAUCAAUCACAACGAAAGUGACCUGCGCCGUCCGGGAAUCAAACCCGGGUCAACGCUCUACCUAUUGAGCUAACCGGGCGGCUUUCAUUCCAGAACUUGCAGGCUUACAGUUUUUAUAGACAACAGCAAAGAACUGCAGAUACAGGAAACAGAUUUUGAAUGUCUACAUGAGUUUGCUAUAAUCAGGGCUUACUGUAUAAAAUUCGAUCUCACUUCGGCUCUGUUCGUGUAGUUUACAAGAAUUAAUAUGGAGUAUACAUGUAUAUAUCUAAUAUUAUGAACGGUCACACUAGUUUAAUGUAUCGUCACAUCCGUUGUAGCACAGUCGGUUAGUGCCUUAUAUAUUAGAGGUCUAUGGUUGAAUACCAAAUUUUGCCAUUAUUUUGGACCUUCUUUUCUUUUGUUUGCAAAAUUAUCUACACGAAUAUGAAACACUUAACUUAGAAACAUUGUUUUGUCCCGUUUUGUAUUGUAUUUUACGGCAGUGGAAUCAAAUUUAUUGAUUUUAAUCUGAGUGAAUUUUAAAAAUUAAUUCUUACACCAUGUUAUUUAAAAAGAGUAUAGACUUUAAGUGCAAAACAUGUUAAAAUACAAAACGAACAACAUCAAACACAAUCAAGAUAGAACAUGGCCCUACGCGUCCUCGAUAUGACAUUUAGGAAUUAUUAACCCGUAGUUUGCCCUAUUGCGCUUUAACAAUCAUUAUAACUUUUUCAUAGGCACAUAUUAAAUUUAACAAAUUACUAAAAACUUAUCGACGUGUACAUUGACUGUAUAAUCAGUAUGUAAUUGACAUGUUAAUAAAAUCAAGCAUUAUAUGUGUUUAUGGUAUAGUGAAUGACAAUAUUAUAUUCAAGGCUUCAUAAUUUCUUCAUCAUUUUUUGUGUACGUGAAAUACUUGUAAAUACAGUAUAAUAUUAUUCACUUCUUACUUUACAUCACGUUUCAUCGCAUUGUAGUUAGUUGCAUAGCAACUGCAGUUUCCUUUUAAUGAACUAAAAAACCUGUUAUUCUUUGAAUUAAUAUUAGUUAUAAAGAUCGUUGACAGGUUAUAUGGCCCUAUAUAAACGGCUAUUUGUAAAUAUAACCCGAGCCGUUAGGCGAGGGUUAUAUUGCAAACAGCCGUUUAUAUACAGCCAUAUAACCUGUCAACAAUCUUAAUAACGAAUUUAUAAUACAGCAAGCAUCAUUUUGAGUGGAAAAAAUAAGAUUUUUUCAUGAAUCGACAGCAGCCGUGUAUAUAAAACUAUAUAAACAUCACGAUUAUCCAAUGAAAAAUGACGUUACAAACGUGCAGUAUUAUAAUAUUAUUUAUACAUGUAUGUUAAUUUUGAAAUUUUAUUAUUAAAUAUUCUUAUUUGUUUUCAGUCACAGUUACACUGAGCUUUGCAUUAUUUGUAUAAAGCUGCGUUAAUAUGUUAACUUGUUAGUAUUCAGAAUGUUCUCCGUUCAUUUUCGGGGACACACACGCAAACAGUUGCUAGAUACAAGCGUCAGUUGUAAUAGGUAAUUCGUUUGGUGUAAUAUUUGCCACAAAUGUGUAUAUAGAAUUGAGAAUUAAUAUCUUAUUAAGCUAUGUUUUAGAAAAAGAAUGCUGUAAAGUUUUUUAAACGUUUAGUUACAGAUUUUCAAAGCCUGCUGACAGAACAUAUUAUUUAUUAAGGUAGAACGCGACACUUUGCGAACUUUCAAGUAGCGUCUUGAAAAUUGGCAUGCAAAAAAUUGACCAUAUUUUUGAUUGGAUUUCGUUAAUUUUAUUUCAAUAGUUUCAGCCAAUUUUUGUACACACGACGUCAAAGUUGACCAUCAAAGCCCGUUUUUGAACAUGACGUCGUUGCGUAUCCUUGGCAACUGUUACAGGUAUUUCAACGCCAUUUGCGGACAAAAUAUCUUAAAUCCUACAGCAUUCGACGGAAAUUAUUUUUUCCUUUAAGCAGAUAUAAAAUUUAUUGUUUCACACUGAAAAUUGUUUGAGUAAUGGAAAGAAAAUUGGCAAUUUUGUGUAAAAUUUGACGUUCAGUUUAGCCGCAAUUUUCGGCUUUUAAGCGGCUUAUUAAAAAAUUCCUGAAAUAAAUUUUUGAUUUUUUUC